CUAUUAGCAUAAUUAGGAUUUUUUCAUGAAAAUGUCGUUUGGCAAGAAACUGUUCCUCCAAGUUCUGUGGUGUUUCUCCUUCAUAGGUCUUAGUUCCCAAACACCGACUCCUUACACUUUUGUUGUGAAAGAGGCCCAGCACACAAGACUGUGUUCCAGAAAAAACAUGUUGACUGUGAAUGGAAAUUUUCCAGGACCAACUAUCAGAGUCCACAGAGGAGAAACAAUUUUUGUUAAUGUUUAUAACAAGGGCAACUACAACAUCACUUUACACUGGCAUGGAGUGAAGCAACAAAGGAACCCAUGGACAGAUGGUCCUGCAUACAUCACUCAGUGCCCCAUCCAACCAGGAAGAAAAUUCAGACAAAAGUUGGUUUUUUCUUUCGAGGAAGGGACCGUCUGGUGGCAUGCUCAUAGUGACUGGGCAAGAGCCACUGUCCAUGGGGCUAUCUUUGUUUAUCCAACCAAGAAUAGCCCCUACCCUUUUCCCCAACCUCAUGCCGAGAUUCCAAUCAUAUUUGGAGAAUGGUGGAAGACUGAUGUAAACGAGGUCUUCACUCAAUCUGUUGCAACCGGAGGAGCUCCAAAUAUAUCUGAUGCUCUCACUAUAAAUGGUCAACCUGGGGAUCUCUUCCCUUGCUCAAUGACAGAAACGUUCAAGCUACAUGUAGAGCAAGGCAGGACUUAUCAUCUCCGUGUUGUUAACGCGGCAAUGAAUCUCAUUCUGUUCUUUUCUGUUUCCCAGCACAAUCUCACUGUUGUUGGUGCCGAUGGUUCGUUCACCAAGCCAUUGACAAGGGAUUAUAUUUGCAUAUCACCUGGACAAACAAUGGAUGUGUUAUUGCAAGCCAAUCAAGAGCCUAAUCAUUAUUAUCUGGCGGCAAGGGCGUACUCUAGUGGGGUUGGUGUUGCUUUUGACAACACCACAACCACUGCUAGAAUUGAAUACAGUGGCAAUUACACUCCAUCUUCAUCUCUUUCAUUACCUUACCUUCCCAACUUUAAUGACACAACUGCAGCUUUUGACUUCAUUACAAGCUUGAGAGGCUUACCUGAGAGAUACCCCCACCAGGUCCCAACAAACAUCACAACUCAAACAGUGACCACUGUUUCUGUCAAUACUUUGCCAUGCCCUGGUGGCAGAAUCUGCCAGGGACCAAAUGGAACCAUUUUUGCUGCUAGCAUGAACAACAUAAGUUUCGAUACCCCCAACAUUAACAUACUAGAAGCCUAUUACUACCAUGUCAAUGGGAUAUACAAAACGGGAUUUCCCAGAUUCCCACCCUUUAUAUUUAACUUCACUGCAGACUUUUUGCCUUUAACAUUGAAUAUACCAAAGCGAGAGACUAGGGUUAACGUGCUGAACUAUGGUGCAACGGUUGAAAUUGUAUUCCAAGGAACAAACGUUGUUGCAGGGAUAGACCAUCCGAUGCAUCUCCAUGGGUUCAGUUUCCAUGUCGUUGGAUAUGGGUUAGGCAAUUUCAAUCAAAGCAAGGAUCCCGUGACUUUCAAUCUCAUUGAUCCUCCUUAUUUGAACACAGUUAUUGUGCCAAUUAAUGGUUGGACUGCUGUUAGGUUUGUGGCUAGCAACCCUGGAGUAUGGUUCAUGCACUGCCAUCUAGAACGCCACCAAGCUUGGGGCAUGGAAACAGUGUUUAUUGUGAACAAUGGAAAGGCUUCAAAUGAAACAUUACCACCACCACCGCCAGACAUGCCCCCAUGUUGAAGAAUAUCCUAGGCAUUUUAUGUUUAUUGAUUUUUUUCCCUUUGAUUUAUUCUGUGUUUUUUAUACUGAAAAACAAUACUUUAUUGUUAGGCUUAGUUAGGAACCGAUUUUAAUUUUAUAAGUUGUUUUUUGUUUUAUAAAAUUGUUUUCUAAUUUUAUGUAUUAGCGGUUAACAAUGCUUAUAUAUUUGUAUUUCAUUUGAGAAGAAAAGAUGAACGAAGAAAGUAACAAUUAUU